AUGAAGAUCAUUGAACUUAUCAUCGAUGGGUUCAAGUCCUACAGCCAGAGAACGGUCAUCUCUGGCUGGGACCAGAGUUUUAACGCCGUUACUGGUCUGAACGGCUCAGGAAAGUCCAACAUUCUAGAUUCAAUAUGUUUUGUCCUGGGCAUUACGAACAUGUCCACCGUACGGGCGCAGAACCUUCAGGACCUUAUCUACAAGCGCGGUCAAGCCGGUGUUACCAAGGCCAGCGUGACCAUUGUGUUCGACAACAGUGACAAGAGCACAAGUCCCAUUGGAUUUGAGGAGUAUGGCCAAAUCAGCGUCACUAGACAAAUCGUUAUGGGUGGAACGAGCAAAUACCUUAUCAAUGGACACCGCGCACAACAAACGACCGUCCAGAACCUUUUUCAGAGCGUCGGUCUGAACAUCAACAACCCAAAUUUUAUCAUUAUGCAAGGCCGAAUUACCAAAGUGCUGAAUAUGAAGGCAGCGGAAAUUUUGGCCAUGAUCGAAGAGGCUGCUGGCACGCGCAUGUUUGAGGAUCGGAAAGAAAAGGCGCAGAAAACGAUGGCCAAGAAAGAGAUGAAAGUCGUUGAAAUCGAGGGCCUGUUGAGAGAAGAGAUCGAGCCCAAGUUGGACAAACUUCGUGGUGAAAAACGAGCAUGGCUGGACUACCAAAAAACACAGAGUGAACUAGAACGACUGACACGCGUUGUGGUCGCGGCGGACUACGUUCGCGCCGGUGAUAAGAUGAAGUCUGCUAACGAAGAACACGAAACAAAACGAGCCAAAGUGCAACACCUAGAAGACAACGCCAUCAAGCUUAAGCGCGAAAUAGAAAAUCUGGACGAAGACGCACAAAGAGUUCGAUCGGUACGAGAAAAGGAGAUGCGCAAAGGUGGCCGGUUUCAAGAGCUUGAAAAUCGCGUCAAAGAACUCAGUCAUGAAUUGGUACGACUGUCCACCGUUCUGGAUUUGAAGCAGUCAAGUGUGGCAGAGGAAGAGCAGCGAAAGAAGGACAUCGCCAAGAACGUUAAGAAUCUGGAGAAGCAGGUCGCUGAUAAGAAGAAGAGCUUGGAGAAGCUUCAGUCCAAAUGGGAUGGAGCAAAAUCUGAGUUGGAUGCACAAAACGCCGAAGUUGAGAAGAAGGAGGAGCUUCUAUCAACGCUACAAACAGGUGUUGCGUCUCGGGAAGGACAAGAAAGCGGUUACCAAGGUCAACUCUCAGAAGCACGAAAUCGGCUGACCACUGCUGGUACUGAACAAGAACAAGCGAAACUAAAAAUCUCCCAUCUUGAAAAGCGCAUCAAGGAAGAUGAGCCUCGAGCCAAGAAAGCAAGAGAACAAAAUGCUGGUCUACUGAAAGGUCUGGAGGUGCUGCGGAAGCAAGCACAGAAACUUGAAGCAGAUCUGCAGAAAAUGGGCUUCGACCCUGGCAGGGAAGAAGCUAUGCGAGAGCGAGAGGUUGCACUUCAGAAGAGCAUCCGAAGUUUGUCUCAAGAGGCGGAUGGGUUGAAGAAGAAGGUCGCAAAUGUGGAUUUCCACUUCAGUGAUCCUUCUCCCAACUUCGAUCGAUCCAGAGUCAAAGGUCUUGUUGCUCAACUUUUUACUCUAGACAAAGAGAAGUCAGUAGCUGGCACCGCCCUGGAGAUUUGUGCCGGUGGAAGGCUCUACAACGUUGUCGUCGACACGGCCGAGACCGGUACCCAGCUGCUGCAGAACGGGAAGCUGAAGAAGAGGGUCACGAUCAUCCCGCUGAACAAGAUCUCUGCUUUCAGAGCAUCAGCAGCAAAAGUUGGUGCGGCACAACAAAUAGCACCUGGAAAAGUUGACUUGGCUUUGUCAUUGAUCGGAUACGAGCACGAAGUCUCAGCUGCCAUGGAUUAUGUUUUCGGCACGACACUCAUAUGCCAGGAUGCAGAUACUGCGAAGAGAGUCACAUUUGACCCAGCCGUUCGGCUUAAGAGCGUCACGCUCGAGGGCGAUGUGUAUGACCCGUCUGGCACUUUGUCCGGUGGCAGCUCGCCGAAUUCGAGUGGUGUUCUUGUCAUUCUUCAAAAACUGAAUGAAGUCACAAAAGAGCUUGAAAAGUAUCGUGCUGAGCUGCGCGAACUACAGGAGACCAUGCGCAAUGAGCAAGCGAAGUUAGCCAACAUCAAGACCGUCAAGCAGGAGCUUGACCUCAAGACCCACGAAAUUAAGCUUGCCGAGGAGCAAAUCUCUGGUAAUUCGUCCUCUUCGAUCAUACAAGCCAUUGAAGAAAUGAAGGCCUCAAUCUCUCAAUUGAAGGAAGACAUGUCUACGGCAAAGACACGACAAGAAGAAGCGGCAAAAGAUGUGAAGCGGAUCGAGAGGGAUAUGGAGGACUUCAGCAAGAACAAAGACAGUAAACUGAAGGAACUUGAAAAAUCAUUGGUGGAGCUGAAGAAGUCUCUGACCAAGACACAAGGAGCCAUCAAAGCACUUCAGAAGGAACUGCAAGAAGUAAGAAUCGACUGUGAACAGGCAGAGAGCGAUCUGAGUGCUGCCGAGGAGCAAAUGGUCGAGGUCACCAACGCCAUUGACGUGCAGAAACAAGAGCUCAACACCCUCCGAGAGGAAGAGGCUAGUGUCAAGAGCAACCACGACAUUGCACAAGCCGAACUCGCAGAUGAACAAGCCAAGUUAACCGGCUUCGACAACGAGCUCCGCGAACUCGAACAGGCGAAAUCCAAGAAGUCGAAACAAAUCAGCGAAGAGGCGCUUGAAGCGCAAAAGCUCGGCCAUGCAGUGGAGAAGGCUCAGAAAGACGCACAGGCAGCUUCGCAAUUGGUCGCGGCUCUCGAGAAAGAACAUGAUUGGAUCGAGGACAACAAGGAUCAAUUCGGCCGGGCUGGUACACCUUAUGAUUUCCAGGGAAAGAAUCUUACCGAGAGUCGGGCCACGCUGAAGAAUGUGACGGAACGGUUCCAGGGAAUGAAGAAGAAGAUCAACCCCAAGGUGAUGCCUAUGAUCGAUAGUGUCGAGAAAAAGGAGACCAGCUUGAAGAACAUGCUCCGGACAGUGAUCCGAGACAAGAAGAAGAUUGAAGAGACGAUUGUCACUCUCGAUGAGUACAAGAAGGAGGCUUUGGUCAAGACGUGGCGCAAGGUCACCGAGGACUUUGGCAACAUCUUUUCAGAUCUCCUGCCGGGCCACAACACGGCCAAACUUGUUCCGCUUGACGAUGAUAUCAAUCGAAUCCAAGAGGGGUUGGAGGUCAAGGUGUGUCUGGGGAAGGUAUGGAAGCAGAGUCUGACUGAGUUGUCAGGCGGACAGAGAUCGCUCGUUGCCCUCUCCCUUAUCCUGGCAUUGCUGCAAUUCAAGCCUGCGCCAAUGUACAUCCUCGACGAAGUUGAUGCCGCACUGGACUUGUCGCAUACGCAGAACAUUGGCCGCAUCAUCAAGACGAGGUUCACUGGGUCACAGUUUAUCGUGGUCAGCUUGAAGGACGGCAUGUUUCAGAAUGCGAAUCGGGUGUUUAGGACGAGAUUCUCGGAGGGAACAAGUGUGGUUACCGUCAUGACGCCUGGGGAGAUUAAGGGGUAG